UGGGUCCAGGGAACUUUUUCGGGGAAUCUGUGGUAGGUGGGGUACGUACCAUCGAUUGGUCGCAUAGAUCUACAGGCCUGCGCUGGAAUAAAGUACUUUGCGCCUGCUGAAGAAAAAAGUAUAAUCUAUUCCUUCUUUCAUAUCUAAAACCUUUUAAGAAAUAAAAUUUAUUUUUAUAUCCAAUAUCUCAUACGUCGACAUCAAAAUGGUUUAUUACUUCAAAUCGACCGUUGUCGAUCCUCCAGCGUUCGUCUACGUCGGCAAGGACAAAUUCGAGAACGAGGAAUUGAUCAAGUACGGUUGGGAAGAAGACGUCUGGGGUUGUUAUGAGCAGUUUCACGUGGACAAGCUUUCCAGCGCGCAUAUCUAUCUACGACUCAAUGAGGGCGACUCGUGGGAGAACAUACCGCAGGACCUGGUGACGGACCUAGCGCAGCUGACCAAGGCCAACUCCAUCGAGGGUAACAAGAAGGAUAAUAUCACCGUUAUCUAUACGCCUUGGUCCAACUUAAAGAAGGACGGUAGCAUGGCUGCCGGCCAGGUGGGCUUCAAGGAUCCGCGCAAGGUCAAAAAGGUUCUCAUUGUCCAACGUGAGAACGCCAUCAUCAACCGGCUCAACAAGACCAAGGUGGAGAAGCAACCCGAUCUUCAGCAGGAAAGAGAGGACCAUCGUAGAGAGCUAAGGAAGCGAGACCAGGCUGCCCAACAACAACGAAAGAAGGAAGAGGCUAGAAUAAUGAAGGAGAGGCAGGAGAAGAAGUGGCAGAAGGACCACGCUUACGAUGAACUGUUUACGGAAGAGAACAUGGAGUCCUCGAGCAACCAGAACAGGGACGAGAACUGGGAGGAAGAUUUUAUGUAAAAAGAACGAAUGAAUUACCCUACCGAGGUGAUAUAUAACUUCGUGAUUAUCCCAUAAUAGUAAUGCAGAUGCCGUGGAUAUGAUGAUCCAUCUGCGCUAAAAGGCGCC